CAAAAACUCAUGGAAUCGGCAGAAGCUGAACAGGCAUCACUAGGAGGCCAAGCUGAAAUAUGGCAACACAUGUUUGCUUUCGUUGAUUCUCUGGCGUUGAAGUGUGCUAUUGAGCUUCGAAUACCUGACAUAAUACACUCCCAUGAUGCCCCAAUCAGUUUGUCCCAAAUAGCUUCGUGCAUCGACUCAUCCUCCAAGCCUCACAUCUCCCACCUCCAACGCAUCAUGAGAUUGCUAGUUCGUAAAAAGAUCUUCUCCGCACAUUAUCCAUCAGACGGUGGAGAGCCCCAGUAUGGAUUAACACACUCGUCAAGAUGGCUAGUUAAUGAUUCUGAUUAUAGCCUGGGACCCUUGUUUUUGGUUGAGAACCAUCGGUACGUUGUGGAUUCGUGGCAUUCUCUGAGCCAUUGUGUGAAAGAAGGUGGCAUUGCUUUCGAAAAGGCUCAUGGGAAAGCGAUUUGGGAUGUGGUAAAACAAGAUCAUCAUUUCAACCAGAUGUUUAACAAUGGCAUGGCCUGUAACUCGAGGAUAUUAACAAGGGAAAUUAUAGCAGGAUAUAAAGAUGGGUUUGAUUGUUUAGCAUCUUUGGUGGAUGUAGGAGGUGGGAUUGGAGGGAUGAUAUCUGAGAUUNGGGAUUCCCCUAAAAAGUAG